AGCUAUUACAGGAAGGGGGGGCGGGCCAUGCUGCCAGUCAAGUGGAUGCCGCCUGAAGCCUUCAUGGAGGGCAUCUUCACGUCUAAAACAGACACAUGGUCCUUCGGGGUUCUGCUGUGGGAGAUCUUCUCAUUGGGCUACAUGCCGUAUCCAAGUCGCAGUAACCAGGAAGUGUUGGAAUUUGUGACCAAUGGCGGAAGAAUGGACCCACCCAAAAACUGCCCUGGGCCUGUAUACCGCAUAAUGACUCAGAGCUGGCAGCAUCAGCCUGAAGACAGGCCCAACUUCUCCACCAUCCUGGAGAGAAUCGACUACUGCCUGCAGGACCCUGACGUGGUGACCAUGCCACUGCCUGUAGAGUAUGGACCUGUCCCAGAAGAGGAGGAGCGGGACCCCUCGGCUCCGACGGUGCUGGUGAACGCCCCGGUGCAUGAUGGGGAGGUCCAGCAGCCACCCCCCUCCUAUCCUACAGGAGACCCCCUGAGAGGGGGGGAGCACAGUGCGGAGACGAGCGCAACAUUGGAGGCUAAAGCACAGACGUCGCCCCCCCCCUACCUCCACCAGCAGCCUCACACGCAGAUCGCCAUGACAACCAGCAACACGGUCACCUCCACAGCCGCCUCUACGCUCACUGCCAAGGGCCCGCACAUCCCCUCCCAGCACGGCCCUGAGGGGGGGCACAUCAACCUGGCGUUCACCCAGGGUCAGCCGCAGGAGAAGGAGGGCCCCAACGGGAAGAGCACCACCCUGUGGAACCCCACCUACGGGUCCUGGUUCCUGCAGCAGAGGAAGCAGCAGCAGCAGAGGCAGGGGGGUGUGGGUGCUGCAGGAGAGGGCAGCGGCAGGGUCCCGGGGGAGGGGCAGGAGCAUGUGGGCCGGACCGUGGCUGAGGUGGCGGGGGCCCUGGGGCUGCAGCACCAGCAGCAGCUCCAGCAGCAGCUCCAGCAGCAGCUCCACCAGCAGCUCCACCAGCAGCAGCUCCAGCAGCACCACCUGCAGAUGCUGCACCACCAGCAGCAGCAGCAGCAGCAGGGUCUCUGCAGGCCUCUGCUGCCCCCGCCCCCCCCUCCUGCUGCCCAGUCCCCUCUGCUCUUAGAUUCGGCCGCGCUGCCCCCGGUGCCCCUCUACAGACUGAGGCGGUUCCCCUGUGGGAACAUCGGCUACGGCUACCAGGAGCAGGGCCUGCCGCUGGAGGCCGUGCACCCCAACCCCCCUGCGGCCCCCCAGCCCCAGCAGGGCCUCUCCAUGGCCAACGCCCACCAGAGGGGGGCUUCAGUGACCCUGGGUCGCUUGGGUUUGUCCGAGGACAGCCGUCCGCUGCUGGUUACCAUGGGGACAGUACAGGACCCCCGGCUGCCCAGGAUGGAGGGCCACAACGCCACCGUGCUUUAG